AUGUCUUCUUUUAAGUACAUUCACAAACUCCGCGGAAACCGCAUUCUGAUUUUCGGCGGGAGCUCUGGCUUUGGAUUUGCUGUCGCUGAGGCCGCCAUCGAACACGGGGCCAAUGUUGUUUUAUCCGGCUCCAAUGCAGAUCGCCUAGCCCGCGCCGUCGCGCAGCUCAAGACCUCUUACGGAGAUGUCAUCAAAGACGAUCAAAUCGCAACUGCUGUUUGCGACCUCGCCAACGUUGACACACUUGAUUUGCGACUCGAAGAAUUGCUCCGCGACAUAACGAAGGGCGGUGACAUCAAGCUGGAUCAUAUCGUCUAUACAGCGGAUGAUGCGCAUCGUGGUCCCGGUCUCACCGACAUCACGCCAGACGACAUUUUCAAGUGGCUGCGCCUUCGUUCAUACUCAGCGUCGAUUCUAGCCAAAGUCCUCGCAGGUACUGAAUACCUCUCGCGCUCGGCACACGCAUCGCUCACCUUCACAAACGGAGUAAGCGGCCACAAGCCUGUGAAGGGUUGGGCAGUUCCUGCGAUGGCUGGUACGGCUUUGGAGGGUUUAGUCAGGGGUUUGGCUGUUGAUCUCGCUCCCGUCCGCGUGAAUCUUGUGUCUGCAGGACCAGUUUCCACUGAGAUGCUUGCUACGCUUCCUCAACAGUACAUUGAUAUGUAUACGGAGCAGACUCUUCUCAAGCAAAUCAGCAAACCAGAGGAUAUAGCAGAGGCAUAUGUGUACAUUAUGAAGGACGGUGGGAUCACUGGUUCCGUACUUGUUUCUGAUUGCGGUCGCUUGCUCGCGUGA